GAAGCUAUUAAAAAUAUGGGUUUUAAGUUAAUGACCGAUAUCCAAGCUGCAGUAAUACCUAAAGCUUUAGAUGGAGCAGAUGUAGUUGCUACUGCCAAAACUGGCUCUGGAAAAACAUUAGCGUUCUUAAUACCGGUUGUAGAACUAGUAGCAAAAUUAGUAAAUGAAUCUUCACAAGGUGCAUUUUGUAUCAUAGUAUCUCCAACAAGGGAGUUAGCUACGCAAACUUUUUCAGUGUUACAAGACAUAACAUCAUAUUUUGAAUUUAUUUCAUCGGCAUUAAUAAUAGGCGGAGAGAACAGAAAAUUGCAAAGUUUAGCACUUGCUAAAGGAGCACAUAUAAUCGUUGCCACACCUGGCAGAUUGUUUGACCAUAUGAGAACAAAGGAGUUUGAUUACAGACAUGUUAAAUGUUUAGUGUUAGAUGAAGCUGAUAAAAUAUUCCAGUAUGGUUUUGAAGAGGAUAUAAAGCAAAUUGUUAACCGUCUUCCAAAAAAUAGGCAAACAAUGUUAUUUAGUGCUACACAAUCAGAAACAACAGAUGCUCUAAUAAAAUCUGCUAUGAAAGAUGAUGUACAGUCAAUAAAUACUAAUGAAGAUAAUGAUCGAGCAACAGUUGAAGGAUUAAAACAAGGAUAUGUUAUAUGUGAGACAGAAUACCGCCUUCAUUGGUUACAUAAAUUAUUGAAAAAGACACAGAAUUACAAAAUCAUGAUUUUCUUUUCAAGUUGCAAGUCUGUAGUUUUUCAUUAUGAAUUUUUUAAGAAACAUUGUAACAUGGGUGUUCUAUGUAUUCAUGGUAAAAUGAAUCAAGCAGACAGGACAGCGACAAUAAAUAGUUUCUAUAACACUGAAGCAAUGGCUCUAUUUUGUACUGAUUUAGCUGCAAGAGGUUUGGAUAUACCAGCAGUAGAUUGGAUUGUUCAGUUUGAUCCACCAUCGGACACCAAUGAAUACAUUCACAGAGUCGGCAGAACAGCAAGAGGUUUAGGCGCUGAAGGACGGGCGGUAUUAUUGUUACGACCAGAGGAAAAAGAGUUCAUUAGUUAUUUGCAAGAAGCUAAAAUAUAUCUUGACAAAUAUGAAUUAUGGAAUAAAUACAGUGAUUUGGCUCCCAAGAUGGAGAUUGCAAUGGCAGAUCCUCAAUUUUAUAAUAUGGCGGUUGAUGCAUUCGAGGGUUAUAUCAGAGCUUUUGAAGUUAAAAAAUUAAAACAUGUUUUUAAUUUAAUAAGUAUGGAUUUAGAAGCUGUUGCUAGAUCGUUUGGUUUGAAAGAGAAACCAGAUAUUGAUAUUCGUGUUGGAUUUAGUAAGAAGCAUAGACAGAGGAAGAGGGUAGCCGCAUUGCUUGCGAAUAAAAUUUCAGCACCGCCGACGAAAUUGUUAAAAACUUAAUUUAUUUCCGUUAUUUGUAAAUAGAUGUACUAUAAUUACAAAUUAAAUAUUUUUUAUAUACACGUUUUUUUUUUUAUAAACAAUUAUUUUCUACAUGUUAAUAUGAUUCUGUAUGACUAGAUGAAAAAAUAAAUUAUUGCAAUAUAAUUAUCAUGUGAUGCUAUACACAGUUUAAAUAAGUAUGUACAAGUGAUUUUCUCAAAGUUAAAUGUGUUUAUUAUAUAAUUAAAAUAUUACUAAGCAAUGUAUUAGGUACUUAAUGAAAAUAUAGGAACUUUACACUUUC